AUCUAUUUAAUUAUUAAUUGUCUUUUUCUUUUUUGUGCAUGGUUAUUAAGAGAUGACGGAGAAGUUACUAGAACGUACAAGGGGUCUAACAAAAGCAGUAGAUGAACAAGGAUGCACUCCGCUUCACCUUGCUGCGUACUCGGGUCACACUUCAAUUGUGGAACUGUUACUCAAACAUGACAGAUCUGCUGCCUACGUUAAGGAGAAAGAUGAGAACAGAACAGCCCUUCACUUUGCAGCGUCCAAAGGACAUGGAGAUGUAAUAGCACAGCUAAUAUACCAUUGUCCUGAUUGUUGCGAAUUGGUGGACAAGAAAUCUCGCAAUUUCCUACACUGCGGUAUCCUCGCCGAUAAAGAAAUCAGUGUAGUGGAUUUCGUGCUAGACGAUCCAUGGCUUAGCAACAUCCUCCUAAAUGGCAAGGACGACAAUGGAGACACACCCCUCCACUACUUUGCUGAUACUAAUCACCUCCGUCUUUCUGGUGGCGCUUUAGCAACAGAUGCUAGAGUUGAUAAGACGGCAUUCAACAAAGCAAAUCAAAACGCUUUUGAUAUCCUUUUUCAAAAUAAAGGAGACUCUUAUUUCUCAACAACACAGGGCCAACUGAAAGACAAAUUAAAAAGGAAUGGUGUCAUACCAGGCUGUCGAAAUGUAAGGGACAAAGAGGAGGUACCGGUUGAGAAUAAAGAAAAGGAAAAAUCAAGUGAAGAAGAAUACAGUAAAAUCAAGGAUUCCAAUCUUCUAGUGGCUACACUUAUUGCAACUGUAAGUUUCGCAGCAGGUUUUACGAUGCCUGGUGGUUACCAAAGUGAUAAAGGAUCAGACCAAGGUUUUGCAAUUCUAGCCCGAAGUGCAGCUUUCCAAGCUUUUGUUAUAACAAAUACCAUAGCCAUGACCUUAUCUAGUUGCUCUGUCAUACUGCAUCUUUAUUCGAUUGGGUUUUUAAAGCGGAAAGUGUUUUCUGAGGCGUAUAUUUUUCUAUACGCGUUCACCAUGUUGGCUUUGAUUGCAAUGGUGAUUGCGUUUAUCACGGGCACAUAUGCAGUGUUGGGUCGUUCUUCAUGGCUUGGCAUUACGGUUUGUGUUCUUGGCUUCCUUCUAUUCUUUGUUUUAGCUGAAUUAUUGAUUAAUGAUGAAAGAGCAAUAAUGGAGGACCCUAUACGAUUGUUGCCUUUGAGUCUUUCAUCAGUAUUCUUCUUUUGGCUGGGGAUGAAGAUGUUUUAUGGUAUCCGCAAAUUAUAUUACAAAUGUCUCUGGCUGGUCUCCCCUGCAUCAAAAGGAAAGCGGUCAAAGCUCAUGGUUGCUACCCGUAGUACUUCCCUACUUCGUUAUGAGAUGGACAGACAAAUGAUUGUAUACAAUCGAUGUUAG